GGCUCGCGCCCGGCGCUGACGUGGUGUUUGCCCGGCAGGAACGAGACGCCCCAGCUCUUCACCGUGCUGCCGGAGAGGAGGGCGGCCAGCGUGGGCACCGCCAUGAUGGCCUCGACGCACAUCUACGACGUGUCGGGGGCCGUGGGAGGCCGGAAGAGCGCGGGGGGGCAGGAGUCGCAGGGCGUGGAGGUGGCGCUGGCGCCCGAGGAGCUGGAGCUGGACCCCAUGGCCAUGACGCAGAAGUACGAGGAGCACGUCCGGGAGCAGCAGGCGCAGGUGGAGAAGGAGGACUUCAGCGACAUGGUGGCCGAGCACGCCGCCAAGCAGAAGCAAAAGAAGCGCAAAGCCCAGCCCCAGGACACCAGGGGUGGGGCCAAGAAGUACAAGGAGUUCAAGUUUUAGCCGCGGAGGAAGAGGAGGGCAGAGGAAGAGUCUCCGGCCCGGAUGUGCUCCUUCCCGGUCGCCACGGACUUUGUCUGCGUUUUAAAGUGACGAGGGACGGAGAAGUUUAUAGUCGUUCGGUCUUUCUACAGCCCACACUGUGUGCUGCCUGUUUUUGUAAAUAAAGUUACUCUCUAGAUG